AGGUGCCAAAAAUCCCAAAGUUGAAAUAUUAAAACCAACGCAAAUGGUCAACCAAUAAAACAAUAAUAAAUACAUCAUUUCGGUCCAGCCGGAGCUCCGGCGAUCCAGUCUGCCGCUCGCUCAACUGAAACAUCAAUUAGAGCUUCCCGGUAUAUAUGUUCGAAACGGUAAUGGGUUUGUCGCCAGCCAACACUGCUACUGAGACUUUAAAGUUUUGCAUAUUUGAUUUAAGGCGCGGACAACAUGAAGGAGAGGAGCUGGACAAAAUAUUAUUUUUCUAUCCAGCUGAUAUGCCGUUUUCAGCACAGCUUUCUGUUAUAGGGCUCAGUGAGGGGCUUAUUACAUUCACAAGAAUAUUCUCUCCAGAAGCAGCUUGUGAGGUUAUAGAAGCUGAAAUGCAUUCUCACGUUUUUUACGAGGCAGAACCAGAUAUUUGGAUGGUACUGAUUGUUGAGAAAAGUAAAGAGACAGACGCGAUCUGGCGAAUUGAUGCACUACGUGGGAUUCUUAAAGAAGUGCAUUCUCUGUUUAUGAUGUUUCAUGGAUCUAUAAGAGCAUUACUUGAUAAAGAACCAAGUGGUGGAAUUGUACGGAAGCAUUUGUACUCUUUCGUCAUGGAUUACUUGGAUGCAUUUCACACGCGAUCAUCAAUGGAUUUUUGCUGCUGGGAUUUUCUUAUUGGGAAAAAAAUCCAGUUACCCAACUUCCGUAAUACAUUGAAGGAGCGGGGAACUGUACAAAUGCUGACCGUUAGCCGCGAGGCUGCAAUGGAGGUUCAGUCGCUUGUCAGACUCUUAGAGUCGUGUUUGGGGAGCGCAUCUUGCCACUCACUCAUCUUAUUUCAGGACUUGCUGGUGUCUACGACCCUUUCUCCUGAUGAUACUGUCAACCUCUAUACUUAUGCGUUACUACGGUUAUCUCCUGCCUUCUCAUCUGGAUCAAGUACCUGGUCCUAUCUGCGUAAAGGAAAAGCUACUUCUCAUACUACUGGUGCAGUAUCUAUGCUGGCUAAUGCUGGUUCUGGGUUAGAUCAAUCUCAUGGUUCUCGUGAUUCGCACCCUACUGGAGAUAGUAAUCAUGAUAUAACAAGACCCCUACAGCCUAACAAGUGGGCAAGGGGAAAGGACGGUUUUCUUGUAACUGAUAUACGGGGUUCGUAUGUUAAUAAUAUGGUUCACACCACCCCAGCAAUAUGGCUUCAGCAAACAGAGGAGAAGAUGUAUAUCUUGGCUUACCAGCAUAAAAGCCUUACUGUAAUCUUACUCAUACCUCUGAUGUUUAUUAUGGAUGGAGAGCAAGGUAUCUCCAUGGUGAAGCAGCAAGUUCUUGAAAAUGCAUCAGCAAAGAUAUUUAAAGUUGAGGAGAAACUAUCAAAAGGAUGGGCGGGUGAGAACGCAUAUCAUGUAAGUGGUUAUCGUUACUUGCUGGUUGAUGGUGAUAGAAGCACAUCUAGGGCUUCUCCACCUGGAAAAGUGACAACCCUAACAAAGGAAUCUUUAGUUGCUGCGAGUAGACUUCGGGAAGAGGUUGAUUUAGAGAAAGGCAGAACCAAAUGGGACAACCCAGACCUUGAGAAAGAAUUAGAAAUAUGCAUUAGAGCAAAAAAUAAUGCUUGGGUGAUUGCUCGGGUAACAAGGGGCAAGGAACUUUAUAUGGUUCUUGAAAAAGCCAACGAAACACUUCUCUACGCUUCUGAUGCUGUUGAGAAAUUCAGUAACAAGUACUGCAAUGGUGCUUUUUCUUUGGAAUAGGAGCAAGUAUAUUCUAGCACCUGUAUCAUGUAUCCAGGCUGUACAUCUUUACAAUAGGAUUCAAUAAGGUUUGUCUGUUGUAUUGCUUUUUAGUCUUCUGCAAUUAUAAGAAUUUUGUAACUAAUAUCCUCCACACCAUUAUUAUACCAAGUGCUAUUAGAAUAUUCUACCGAAAACUUUUAUUAUAAAUUCUUUUAAAGUA